GCAAUCGGUAGUCUAUGAGGAGCCCAUAUAUUUCAGAUGUUGCAGUACAGAAAUGGUGGAUCUCCUGCAAGCGCUACUGAAGAAAGACCAACAUCAACGCCUUGGCACCACUGGGAAGAUCAAGGAGCACCCUUUCUAUGGAUCUAUCGAUUGGGUGAAACUGGAAGAACGCACAGUAACAUCACCUUUCAUGCCCAUGGUGUGUUCAUUUGAGGACUUCAGUGACUCCACUGGAGAAUCCUCAUCAUUUGUGUCAGUUCCCAGUGAAGACGACAGUAAUAACACCGUCCUUGAAGGGUUCUCUUUCCUGGAUCCCAGUGGGCAGGAGUAAGUGUUGGCUGCAAUAGGACAUCCAUGGCAGUCAGCUAUAGACAUCGGCACCAUUUCUGAAGAACCUUUACACUGCUGUGUGGAAGCUACCAUCGCCUUCUGCUGCAUCUGCCUACAUAGAACAUCUGCUGCAGAGUCUCUUGUACUGACUUCCAAGUAAGGAGGGUAAAAAGGAGGUAGAAAGUAGCACAUAAAAUAGGUAAAUAGGAGUUUAAGAUAGAAAUAUAAAAUAUAAUAUUGGUUAGUCUAAGGGUAGAAGUACAUUUUAUUCUUCAUCUGUGCAUACUUACUCUGCACGGUUACAUUCUGGCAAAACAAAAGACCAAGUCAAGAGUAACAUGUUGCACUUACCUCUGUCUGAUCAGAGGUCAAAUCAGAUCAGUUUUAAUUGGACUGAGUGUCACCUUUAGAUUAAUUGCCUUUUUUCGCCCCACCUGGCUGUUUUAUGUGGCCCUUGGUGAGUGUGUCUGACCAUC